CUGGUUGUCUGUAGUGAGCACUUCAGGAGGAAACGUACAAACGUCAGUCCAUUCGCAGACCUAAAUUGCAGUCAAAAAUGGACCACUCUGCAAAAGAAAAGGAGGCAAUUGCUUUGGUUGCGGAGGCAGAUAAGAAAAUUAAAUCGCCGCAAGGGUUUCUUGGGACGUUAUUUGGGAACUCUUCAAGGGCUGAAGAGGCCUGCGAAAUGUAUGUAAGAGCUGCAAAUAUGUUCAAGAUGGCCAAAAAUUGGAGUGCUGCAGGUGGUGCUUUCUGCAAAGCUGCCCGACUAUAUUGCCAGGUGGACAACAAACUAAAUGGGGCUGUGAGCUACAUUGAUGCAGGAAACGCCUACAAGAAAUCUGAUCCCGAAGAGGCAGUUAAGUGUCUCAGCCACGCCAUUGAGAUUUACACUGACAUGGGUCGUUUCACAAUCGCAGCAAAGCAUCAUAUCACCAUCGCAGAAAUUUAUGAAAGCGAGAUGCUGGACAUUGAAAAGGCUGUUGAGCAAUAUGAACAAGCGGCGGAAUAUUACAAAAUGGAAGAGUCUACCAGUUCUGGAAACAAAUGCCUCCUGAAAGUUGCUACUUAUACUGCUCAACUAGAACAAUACCACAAAGCUAUCGAAAUCUAUGAGCAGAUUGGUACCUAUGCAAUGGAUAGUACUUUGCUGAAGUAUGGAGCAAAAGACCACUUCUUCAAAGCAGCUCUCUGCCACUUCUGUGUAGACAUGCUCAAUGCCAAGUUGGCUGUGCAGAGGUAUGAGGGAAUGUUUCCUGCUUUCUCCGACUCAAGAGAGUGUAAAUUGCUCAAGAAACUCCUUGAUGCACACGAUGAACAGAAUGUGGAUGCAUACACUGAUGCGAUAAAGGAGUUUGACACAAUCACCAGACUGGACCAAUGGCAGACCACCAUGCUACUGAGAAUCAAGAAGACCAUUCAGGACGAGGAGAGCGACCUGCGUUAACUCCUGUCCCUGUGCCUAUUCCAAGAACCUGGCUCAGCAGUAAACCAGGUUCAGUUAACCUAGAGGUAGUGCUAAAUCAUCUAAUAGAAGAGCCUGAAAUCCUCAUCUUCUUCACAAAAUGAUACCUUUGGGCUAUCUAUUAGCGUGGCUUACCCCUUCCUGUAGAUUAACUUAGCCAGGUUUAUCACUUGGGGUACUCCCUGCUGCCUGUCAUCUUGUAUAUUCGUAAAUUAAUCCCAAUGUUUACACCUGACCUUUCAGUGGGAAUAGCACCUAUUGUUUCAUCUCCAGCAUUAUUCACCUGAAAGGACUGUAAUGAAUCUUUCCAAAGAACAGUUGUACAUGUUUCGCCACACAGGGCUGGUCAUAACAACAUGUCGCCGUGCCAUGGAAUUAUUUGCCUGUCAGAGAAAGAGUUACGGUAGUCUUCUGCAUGAAUUUUAGAGUGUAGUUUUUUCCUGCAAGGCAUGAUGAUGUUGUCGUCACUUGCAGUCAUACAGUGUAACAUUUGGAACACCUCGUGGGUAAUUCCCGAAUUGCCAAAAUACUGUUACAUUUGCUUUUUUUGUUAUGUGUGAAAAGCUUUUCUGUUUUACGAUCGAGUGUGCAGCAGGCCCGAUUGCAUUCAGUCGGGCAGAAUAACCUGGUGUUGUUACGUUCGUCUACAUUUUGUAUUCAAAUGUUUUCCUGAAAGUUGGGCUGUGUUAAGAUUACUUGUGCUCUUUUGUUGCUACAGAGCUGUAAGGUUGACCCUGGAAAUGUUCAUCUGUGGGCAUUGCAGCAUCAAAAACUGAGUAUGUUUUCCAGAUAGUUGUUCAAAAGCCGUUCCCAACUAUCUCUGCAUAAUAGCAGUUGGGCUGUACAUGACUUUUUAGACAUUCCAAACCAUUCCACGUCUUUGCCGGGUAGGUUUAUGGCAUUUUUCCCCACACUCCAGAAUGUCUAAAUUAUCAUAGGAACAAUUUUCUGCAUUCCAAACAGCAUCCGUUUUGGUUGUUUGUCCAGAAUAUCUGUCAUGUAGAGAACUACUCUUGGCUUGUCUGCAUAGGCUAUUCUGAAUGUGUGUCAGAGUACUAUGUUUAACGUAACCAUGUGUUUUUGUAGGCUCUAUACUGAAUGAUACUAAUUAUUUCCUCCAUUGAGGAAUUUGCCCUUAGCUUAAUGUUAUUAAGCUUCAAGAAUUUUAAACAACUACUAUCUAACACUGCUGUGCCCACCAAAUAUUAUUUAUUUCAUAGAAUGGCAUUGUUACAGUGAGAGAGCAUACAAUACCAAGGCUUUGAGACCAUUUCAGAAAUUGAUAAAGACAUCAUUAGUAUUUGACUGCGACAAAGCUAGUUCAGAUUAUCCUCACAGAUUUUGCACAAUUCAUCCUAAAGGAAAUAUUACCUGUUUCCAAUUCUGUUUUUAUUUAUAAAUACUUUGUUCUUUUAUUCAGUUGUAUGGUUAAUUAUAGAAUGUGCAUGUUCAUUCUUUUUGGAUAUGGCUGCUGAGGUUGAAAUACAGUCUAUUGUUAUAUAAGUAAGAAGACAGUAGGCCCACUGGCUCGAACGUGGCGAAAAAAAAAAUAUCUACAGUACGGUAGAUUCUGACUAGAGUUGGACAGAUCCCAAUUGUUUCCAUUGUAAAUGUAUUCUAAUGAAUUCUUUGACAAAAACCAAAAAUAAAAAAGUUGCUCUUAA